CGAAGGACGACCAGCACUACAUUUCCCAGAGUCCUCUGCGGCGAGUUCUAGCUCCGUCUCUAAUCGCAUCAUGUUGAGGAUGGAUGUGUGAGUCAGAGGCUUAAUGAGGAUAUUUACUGGCCGUGUCGGAUCUGCGUGAUUUUUGGUUUCUUAUCCUGAAAAAAGCAGAGAUGAAAAUGGAUUUAUCCGCCAUUAUAGAGGCGCUGGAGACGCGCGAGCAGGAAGCGGCACUGCGCGCGCUGCAGAUCUACAAUAAAGAGAAGAAUCAGUGUUUCUCAUUUCCCUCAGAGGAACAGGAGGACCGAGAGUGUCUAGGAGAGCUUCUCCUGUCCUUCCUGGAUCGGGACGUCCAGCCGUCGUGUAAACUGGCGUGUCUGGAGACCAUCCGCAUCCUGUCGCGUGAUAAAAGCAGCCUGGCUCCGUUCUCCAGCCGCCGCGCCAUACACACACUCGCACGUCACGCUGCACUAGCACCCGGAGAGGGACUCGGGCCACAAGUCGCCGACCUGGACGUGAUCGUGGAGGCGCUGAAGUGUAUCUGCAACAUCAUACUGAACAGCGUCGAGGCACAGGAAGCCGCCGCCCACCUGGGUCUCAUGGUGGGCGUGGUCGAGCGUCUGAAACAGUGCCGCGAGUCUCAGUGGAGCUCGGACGUGCGCUUCUUCGACCUGCGGCUGGCGUUCCUGCUCACGGCGCUGCGUGUAGACGUCAGGGCUCAGCUGGCCCGGGAGCUCAGGGGCGCUCGGAUUCUGGCCGACGCCCUCGACGCCACGCUCGGCCUGCGGUGGACCGACGCCUACGAGGUUUCCCGCUCAGACGUGGAGGGGCCGAACGAUCUCCCACCGCUCGGGAGGAGUGAGACGGAGCGAGCCAUGGAGAUCCUGAAGAUCCUCUUCAACGUCACGUACGAUACGGGACGCCGCAAAGUGGAUGAGGAGGAGGCGGCAACAUACAGACACCUGGGAGCCAUACUGAGACACUGUUUAAUGAGUACAGCAGAGGGAGAGGAACGCACAGAUGAGUUCCACAGUCACACAGUGAACCUGUUAGGGAAUCUCCCUCUGCUGUGUUUGGACGUGUUGCUGAUGCCCAGAGUGCAGCUCGGCUCCAUCGAGUACAUGGGCGUGAACAUGGACGCCGUGAACAAACUUCUGGAGUUCAUGGAGAAAAGACUGGACAGAGGGAAUAAGCUGAAGGAGACGUUGCUGCCGUGUCUCAACCUGCUGACGGAGAGCGCUCGCAUCCACCGCGAGACACGCAAAUUCCUCCGAACGAAAGUUCUCCCCCCACUGCGUGAUGUGAAGAAUAAGCCCGAGGUGGGGAACGCUCUGAGGAAUAAACUGGUGCGUCUGAUGACUCACAUCGACACGGACGUGAAGACCUGCGCUGCGGAGUUUCUCUUUGUGUUGUGUAAAGAGAGCGUGUCCCGCUUCAUUAAGUACACCGGUUACGGGAACGCUGCAGGCCUGCUGGCGGCUCGAGGUCUGAUGCGGGGCGGCUGGGAGCCGGGACAUUACUCCGAGGACGAGGACAGCGACACGGAGGAGUACAGGGAGGCCAAGCCACACAUUAAUCCUGUAACGGGUCGAGUGGAAGAAGAUCAGCCGAACCCGAUGGAGGGAAUGACGGAGGAGCAGAAGGAGUACGAGGCCAUGAAGCUCGUCAGCAUGUUCGGCAAACUCUCCAGGGAUCAUGUGAUUCAGCCCAUGAAGCUCGGCCCGGACGGAAAAAUGACCAAGCUGGAGCCACAUGAGCUGCACUGCCUCACACAGCAGCCGUUUACUGAGCGCCAGAGGAACGAUGAAGACGAGGAGGAGGAAGAGGAGGAGAACUCGGACUGAGCACGAUCAGAACGACUGGCCAUGCGCACUGCUGUCAGGAGGACAAGGAAAUGGACUCUCUCUCACACACACAUACACACACACACACAUUUGUCUUACUAUCCCUGUGAGAACCAGACAUAAUUAUUAACACUGCUAAUUAACGCUAAACACCUAAAUCUGACCCUAACCCUAAAUCUGGCCCUAACCCUAAAUCUGACCCUAACCCUAAACUUUCAGCUGUUUUUAGUGUUAUUAGAAUUUUUUUUUAUAAAAAAAAUAAGCCAGAUGUCCCCACAACGUCACACCUCAGAUAUUCUUAUCAUUAAAGGAACAUUUAAUCCUCUUCAAGAUUUAAAAACAUCAGUUUCAGUCUCACUAAAGACCUCCUGUAAUACUGUAUGUGUGUGUGUGUGAGUGUGUGUGUGAGAGAGAGAGACAUCAGUGAGAAAGAAAUCUUUCUGUUCAGUUUAUUUAGUUUGGAUAUUUAUUUAUUUUUCUUCAUGCUGAUCUUUUAGAGCUUGGACCUGAAACCAGCAGCGUGAAGCUUCACACACUCGUGUGUGAUUAUUAUCUUACGUCUCGUCGUAAAGGAUCCUUUCUGCUGUUUUCUCUGGAUAAUUCAUGACAUAAAGCUGAAUGGAAAGCGUUGCUCGGUGUAACAGUGACGUGAGCGGCGU